AACGCGUGCCACUUUCGCCAUCCUCAGCAGGAGGCAUUCAAGACCCACCACCAGCGAAUUGGCCGACAUACCGACCGACGACGAAACCCUCGAUUGCGUGCCACCACAGCAGACGGACGGGUUCAUCGAUGCCAUCAUCCCCAGGACCCUCCCCCGACUGUCUUUGACAGCCUCGAUGCCGGCGUAUCCGUCAGGGGACAUUGGUUCCGGCACGGCUUCAUGACGCGAAACAACCUCCGCGACCAGCUUUCUUGGUUACUCCGCGACAUCUCCAUCACCUUGCCCGCGGGGCCCUCGCUGCCUAGUGCCCCCGAUAGCUUUGGCAGCCAGUCCGAGCCUAGCCAAGUCUCGACCACGAGGUCCCAGCCGCAGGCUUCUGCGGUCCCGGCCCUAUCGCCCACCGACCCCACGCCCACCGCUCGGUCCACAGCCGUGCCAAGUGGCCCGCCCUCCGUCGCCGAUGCCGUGCAGCCUCCCCGGAGACUAGACACGGUCGCCGCCGAAGGAGGGAUGGCGAGACUGACAUCCGCCGCAAAAUCCAAGAAGCCAUCGUUGAUGGUGAAGGAGCAGCCGCUGCCAACCCCGGACUCGACCAGCAGCAUCCCCCCACUCCAGAGGGCUUUUUCUCAGCUGGUCGAUCGCAAAAAUGCGCGCUCCGCAAAGAAAGAACCGCCAGCCACGCCGGCCCCGGCAUCUACCGCCGCUGUUCGAAGUCCCGUCUUCACGUCCGACAUCUAUUCUGGUGUUGACUCGAUCGACCUCACGUCCGAUGAUGCCCCCAUCAAGUCCUCACCCCACCGGGACGUUCGGCUGUGGACCGAGGAUUGUGCGUCUCGCCCCGAGCCCUUGCCCAGGAAGUCUGGCAAGAAGCGGAAGAGUGUGGAGAUGAGUAAGGUCACACCUACACCCAAGAAAAAGCAGCCCGUCGUCGACGACGACGACGAUGAGUUCCCCGAUGUACACACCCUCACCGAGCUUGGCUCGACGCGGCCAAAACGGGGCUUGUCAAAAGGGCUUCCAAGCUCCCAGAACACGCCAAUUAAGGCCCGCGUAGCAGCGGCCUCGUCGUAUGCAACCUCAGUAAUCGAGGAGCACACGGUGACUGAGACGGUCAGCAGAACAAAGACACGCGUGCGGCGUGCGGAUAGCGUUGCUGCGCUCGCCGAGGGCUCUGCGGUACCGGCAACGGCUCCAAUAGCGGCACCUUUGGGCAACGAAGCCUCACCUAGGCGCCCAAGCACCAGGGGGGCGGUGGAAGAUACCAGCGUGGGGGAGCCGCGCAGCACCCCAGGGCCAAGUCGGAAGAAGAGCAGGAAACCAAGGGACAGUGCUGUCAUUCAGGACUCCGAGGACGAAUUUCUCACGCCCCAGACAGAACAUAUUUCCUUUUUCUCUUGCGUGUCCGGGUCUCAGUCUGACCGCGAGGGCGAGGAAAGCACGCAGCGCGCCAAUGACUCCACUGGCCAUGUCGCUGAGGGCCGGUCUCCACGGAGUGAAACUCCGUCGAGGAAGCGACAGAGAGAGAUCUCGCCCGCGCCCCAUGUGGAUAAUGCCGAGCCGGAAAAGCCUGUUGCACACAGCUCGGACUCGGACGGCAGCACCCUGAUCAUGGACCUGUUUCUCAGGAAUCCUGGUGUCAUAAGGAGAAAGCGUCAGGAAAUCCAGACUGAGAUGAAAAAGCUGUCUGCCGACUACAUGCGGGCCCUCAGCGACAACUGGCCAAGGGACCGAAAAGAGCAGGUCAAGGAGAACCGGAAGCGGCUCUCAGAACAGCAGAAGACUCUCGAUGCUCUCGGCGCCGAGUAUGAUGCGCACAAGGCCUUGAAAGAACGCAAGGACACCCUGGUCCAGAAGCUGGUCGAAAAGUUCGAGAAUGGAUUGGUGGCGUCCGAGGAUGAGGAUGCCGCCGACGAGAUGAGCCACCAGAUCCAGGAAAAGGAGCAAAACCUGCGGCAUCUGCUUGUGGCAGCUGGCAUGAACAAUCUCGAACUGUUCGAGGACGCUGGCGAGGCGGCUGAGCCUAGUAGCGCGCCGCACCACGUCGUCUUUGGCACCCAGUCGCCCCCUCAUUCGGUCGUUUCGCAGAUGACAAGGCAAGCAAGCAUGUCGACGUCGACCAUUGCGGACAAUGCGCCCCAGGUUAUCCGUCAAACCCAGGUCCCAACGAAGGGGCCACCGGUUCUCAGCCGCAUGGACAAGUACGGAGACAGCAUCCUAGCCCCGCAGCCACCACCCUUUCCGCGAGAGGCAAUGCCUCAAAACAGAGUGCCUGUCAGUCGGACGCCCGCAAUACAGUCGGCGGCCACCGGAGCCGCGUUCUCUGACGGGCUACUCGACGACGAUGACGACCAUGGUGACAUGAUGGAGUUGUGUGACAAUCCUCCUUUACCUCGGCGACCGCAACCCCAGCCCCCCAAGCCUCCCGUACGCGCUGCGGCUGGCUCGAGAUCUGCGAGUCGUUGGGCCGGCGAAGAAGUCAACUACUUCAGCGACGACGAAGACAGCAUGGUUCAGUUUGCGGAAUCGCUUGAACGCGAAUCUUCAAGCAGGCCUUCGCUAUCGACCCAGGCCUCGCGGUCGGCGCUACUAGAAACGUCGGGCAACACCAGAAUCGUGCCCAGGUCAAGGACGGAGCCACCAAGAAGGGACAAAAAGUCGGAUUCCGCGCCCAAGCCGUCUAUAUCCCGCGAUCUGAUGAAACAUGCAUGGUCCAACGACGUGAGGAGAGCCCUCAAGGAUCACUUUCGCAUGUCUGGCUUUCGGCACAACCAACUCGAGGCCAUCAACGCUACGCUUAGUGGGAAAGACGCAUUCGUGCUGAUGCCUACAGGCGGCGGCAAGUCGCUUUGCUACCAGCUGCCUGCUGUCAUUGACACGGGCAAUACGCGCGGAGUGACGAUUGUCGUAUCCCCACUACUAAGUCUGAUGCAAGACCAGAUCGACCACCUGAAGGUCCUGCACAUCCUCGCGCGACAGUUCAGUGGCGAUGUGGACAAGGCACAACGCGACAUGAUCUUGGAUGCGCUCCGGAGCAGCAAGAAUCCGGAGAACAUGGUCAGACUCCUCUACGUGACGCCCGAGAUGAUUGGCAAGAGCCAGGCUUUCCUGAAUGCUCUGGACAAGGUGUAUAGCAACGACAAGCUGGCCAGAAUCGUCAUCGAUGAGGCACACUGCGUCAGCCAGUGGGGGCACGACUUCCGGCCCGACUACAAGACGCUCGGCGAGGUCCGGCGAAGAUAUCCCAAGGUGCCCGUCAUGGCACUAACGGCGACGGCAACCCCUCACGUCAUUGUCGACAUCAAGCUCAACCUCAGCAUUCCCCAAUGCGAAAUCUUUUCUCAAAGCUUCAACCGCCCGAACCUCUUCUAUGACAUCCGCACCAAGGGAAAGAACAUCGUGCAGACCAUCGCCGAUCUGAUCCAGUCGGACCAUGAGGGCGAGACGGGCAUCGUGUACACGCUCUCGCGCAAGUCGGCAGAGACGAUUGCCAAGAAGCUCCGGGACCAGUCUGGAAUCUCGGCCCACCACUACCAUGCCAAGAUGGAGACGGAGGAGAAGACGGAUGUGCAGAGGAAGUGGCAGAGUGGACAGAUCAAAGUGGUCGUAGCCACCAUUGCCUUCGGGAUGGGCAUCGAUAAACCAGAUGUCCGCUUCGUCGUCCACCACACUCUCCCCAAGAGUCUCGAGGGUUACUACCAAGAGACAGGUCGAGCCGGCCGAGACGGCGGCCAGUCGCAUUGUUACCUCUAUUUCGGCUACGGGGACAUCACCAGCCUCCGCAAGAUGAUCAACGACGGCGAAGGCAACCAGGAGCAAAGGGACCGCCAGAGCCAGAUGCUCAACCGCGUUAUUGACUUCUGCGAGGACAAAAGAGAGUGCCGCCGGCAGAGUAUCCUCCGGUACUUUGGCGAGAAGUUCGACCCCGCGAGCUGCAACAAAACAUGUGACAACUGUCGCAACGGUGGCCACUUUGAGCUUGUUGACCAUACUGAGACGGCUGUUGCAGCCCUGCAGGUGAUCCAGGCGCGAAGGCAGACAACGCCCAAACAGUGCGCCGAUGUUCUGCUUGGAAGGAACAACCCCAAAGACCACGAGCGUCCAGAACAAUAUGGCGCCGCCAAACCCCUGAAGGAGCAUGUUGUGCUCAACAUCUUGUACCGACUAACCGCUGAAGAAGCAUUGGAGGAGGUUAACAAACCCAUAAAGGGGGGAAUGGUUGCCACGUACUGCCACAUUGGUCCCAGAGCGCACGAGUUCCUCAGCGGAGCCCGGAAGCUCGAAUUGGUCACUAAGGUUGGCCGCGGCGCUGGAGACCAGGAUGCCGAUGGACUGCCCAAGAAGCGAACCAAGAAGAGCGCCACGGGCGAGCAGUCUAGGCUCCCGCCGUCCACAAAUGUGUCUUCCCCGGUUCUAAACAGCAGGAAGAAAAACGGCGGCAGGGCACAGCUGCAAGUCGAGGAUGACGAAGAGUCGGAUGCGGCCCCAGCUGGAUCGAUCCACGCAAAUGGAUACGCAAAGGACGGCUUCGUAAUAUCAUCAGAGGCCGACGAUGACGACGAAUACUUUGAGCCGAUGCGCGCGCCCACCAAGGGGCGCCAGCGAACCCUUGACGAGAUGCGCGGACCUGUCCAAGGCAGCAGGGGCGGCGAAGCCGAGAUAGACGAGAUCCAUGGAGACUUUGUGGAGCAGUUUGUGCAAGAUGCGAAGCUUGCCGAGGAGAGGAUCCGCAACACCAACAGCCUACGCAAAGCGCUCUUCACAGAGCAGCAGCUGCGUAUAAUGGCCACGACGUGGACAACAACACUGAGCAAGAUGUACGAGAUCAGCGGCAUCAGUCAGGAGAACGUCAAGAAGUACGGCGGCCACCUCCUACCCAUAUUGCUCAAGUACUACAACUUCUAUCGCAACGCCAUGGGCACUAAUGGCGCCGGGGCCGAUGACGAUGUUGUGGAUCUCGUGAGCGAUGGCGACGAAGACAGGCAUGGCCAUGGCGGCCCUGGCUGCCACCAACGAAAACAACCAGCGGCGGCGGCGCAGGCUCGUCGAUCCACCGCAAAGGGAAAGAAACCAGCGCAAGAAAACUUCUUCUCGGACGAGGCGGAGGAGGACGACGACCAGGAGGACAGCUUUGAACAGUCUAGAUACUUCGGCAGCGGCGGCGGCGGCCAAGGCGGGGCCGAGACGGCAGCGGAGCGCGAGGCUCGCGAGUGGAACGAGCGGUUCGACCAGGCCGGCGAGGCAGCGGGUGCACGGCCCAAGUCGCGCUCGCGCAACGGCGCGGGCUCCGGGACCGGCGGGAGGAGCUCGGGCGGCUGGAAGGGCGGCAAGAAGUCGUACGCGCGCCGCUCCUCGGGCGGCGGUGUCGCUAAGCGCAAGACGUUCGGCAAGAAGGCCGCGGCCGCCAGCAAGAGCGGCGCCGCCGGAAGCUCUGCUCGGGCCAAGGCUUCGGGCAGUGGUGGCGGCUUUGGUCUGAUGCCGCUUUGAGCGGCAUGGUUCUUGGGGACAGAUGGGGCCGGGCCACUCGACUGGCGUUGGGAUUUCAAUGUUACGAUCUGGAGGUGCCU